CUUGCGGCUGUUUCGAAGUGUUUGUUUAACAUCGGCAACGAAAACGUAAAAUACCGUAAUUUUAUCACACCCAGAAAUAUUUACAAAGCUUACUAAUCAGAGAAAUGAAACAAAUUUAUAAAAAAGUAAUAUCUAAACACAUUACUAACCCACUAACUUAGUUUAUUAUAAGAAAUGAAGAAAAUCAAAUACAAAAGAAAAUGAUAAGGUUUUGUGUAUGAAAAAAAAAAAAACCCCAAUGAAAAAGUCUUUAAAAUCGAAACCUUUUUUCUAUUGAAAAAUAUCAUGUGAUUUGUAAUGGGCCUCAGAUAUUCUCAUAAAAUGUUUAAAAUAAAGUAGCCUAUGUGAGAAAAGAAAAUUAAAGUGAUUUUUUUUUGAUAGUUUAACAUGAGUUUUAUUUGAAAGAAAUAAAAGCAAACACACAAUUUAAACCCCUUAACACCCAACCAUUUCGAUAUCUACAACGCCUGAGCCUAGCAUUAUGUGUUUGUAUAUGAAUGUGCCACACUGGAUAAAUGUCGAACGUCUGACAGCAGCCAUCUCUGCUACGGCCACACAUUUCUUUGAUUUCUCUGUUGUGGUGUUUUUAUUGAAUUGUAAAUCAUCAACAGCAGCAGCGCCCAUGCUGCCGGCGUCGUCGUCGUCGUCAUCGUCAUCGUCGUCACUGGCUUUAACUCGUGAAUGUAAACAAAUGCAACAGCAUCAUUACGAACAGGAAGAAGAGGAAGACAAACAAAAACAACAACCAUUAAGUGUAAUUGUAUCAACUAAAGCAUCAAUCGACGCUGAGGGGCUUAGGGCAAACAAUUAAAAAAUAACAACAACAACAACAACGAAAACAGAACUCGCGUAAUUUUAUGCCAACAAAAACAAGUGAACAAGUGCCGGUAUUCUAAACAAAACAUAUACUCACACGCACACACCUCCCCCCAAACACCCCAGCACCCAUCGUCUUAUUGAAAUAUUAUGGAGCUCAUUAAGAAAUGUAAGACCUACUGAGAGAGCCGCAGUGAGAGAGCUAAAGCAAUGGGUGGGAGUUAUUGAAUUAAUGUGAAAAAUUAAAAAUAAACUCCUCCCUCCCCCCACAGAGUAUUAUUAAAUUGAAUGCAAAGAAAAGCAAAGGAAAUUUUUGGAAUAUGGAAUAUAUAUAAGGUGUGAAGUGAUAAAGUGAAGUGUAGUGAAAAACAAAAUACAAACAAUGCCCUCCCCCGCUGUCUAUGAAUAAUCUUUUAACCUUAACGCAUCACAGUGGGAGAUAAAAAAGAAUUUCAACAACUAAAUUAAACCAAAUUGAGAGCAAAAUAAAUAAGAAAACCAAAUAAGUUACUGAAAAAAAUAGAGAUUUAUUUAAAUGCCUCAUUAACAAAGCAAUAACCAAGAAAAUAACAGCAGCUAUUAAAUAAUUUUUCACAUAUCCAUAGCAAAGAAAUUCAAAAGAGUGAAAUAAACCAGCAAGGAGGAAUGAAACAAAGGAAACAACUUUCAUACUAAUGUGUUGAUUACAAAAGCCUGAACAAAGAAAGCGCUCUUGCCUCCAACGCACACACACUGACACAGACACCUCAGCAAGCAUUUAGGUACCCACACCUGCGUGUAAUCGGAAAUAAAGAGCAAACAAAGAGGGAAAAACUCAAACACCAAGCAUAAACUAAGGAGAAAAGAUGUUUGUGGGCAUAAAUCAAAUGAGACAAAGCGGUAAAAAACGCAAAAAAACUGAGGAUACCGGAACUCGGCAAAGGACAGCUAACGAUGAAGAAGAAGACACUGUGCAUAGCGAGGAAGAGGAUGAGGAAGACGCCGAAGCAGAGGAGGGUUAUAGUCGUUUCAGGCCAACAGAUAUGCAUGCCAAUGCCAAGGAGAUGGGUGUGCAGGCUCAGGCUCAGGGACAGAUAUCGGCUGCGAUAGAGGCACCUUUGCUCAAGUUCGAAGUUGCCAAUGGCAAGACUAGGUUGCCAACAACACCGCAAACAACAACGACGACAAAAGCUGCUGAAUAUUCAACACAAACGAGAAACUUAGCCAGAAUAAAUGAUCCUGCAGAUAUUGUGCCAACAUGUAAAUGCAAAAAUUGCCAAUGCAAUUUACCCAGAAACGUUGCUCCAAAAGAAAACAAAAGCCAGCAACACGACUCCCUGCAACAACCCCACCAGCACCAUAAACUCCCGCACCUGCCGCCACAAACUAGGUCCAGCGAAAAACUUGCUUCGUCUGGCUCUGCCACAACAUCUCUGAGUUCGGUUUACAUUUGCCUUGGUAUAUUGACUUUAGCUUUGGCUACCUUAUCUGUGUUAUUUUAUUCGCAUGUAACCUCCUGCAAUGCCUUUGACUCCUCUGCCUCAUCCACCUCCUCGCCGUCCUGUUACAGAAAUUGCCAAAACUCCACAUCAGCUGAAAGCCAUAACCGUGGCACAGGAGCACCCCAGAAACGUGAUGUGCCGGGUGGCAAAUUCCCUCAUGAUUUUUCAUCGACAUCAUCAUCACCGCUGUUGUUUCGUGAACGUUUUCAACAGGAACUACUUGCCUCCGAACAUAUGCUGUACUCCAUGGUGGAAAGGAUACUGCAACAACAAAAGCAACAACAACCAACAGUGCAUGACUCUGAGCAAUGGCAGGAAUACAAUCAACAAUAUCUGCAAGACCAUCCACAGCCACAGCCACAGCUAACUCAGAAGCAUCUUCCUUUGGGGAAUAUCCUGGACGAUCAAAGUUUCUCAACAAUUCCCACAACGAUGGCGACUAAGAAGAUGAUGAAGACGUCCAACACUGAAGGAGGAACUUUUGCAAAUAACCAUAACGAGGCCGUCGAUGGCACCACUUCAAGAUCCACACCGCCAACAAUGGUCCCAGAAGCUACUGGUGUUAGUGGUGGUGGUAGUAGAAGUAGUAGUAGUACCUCCUUUGUGCAUAGUGAUGAUAUUGGCAGCGGGGUGCCAUCACCCCAAAGAAGUAUGGAAAGAAAGUACAGUGGCAACACUGCAAGGGAACCACAAACAAUGGAGGAGUUGGUGCACUACCACAAAAGAAUGCGGCGGGAUAUUUCUUCAUCGCCUGCAACAUCAAUGCAUGAUCCCUUCAUAGAAUUCUUUGCACCCAAUCAUCGUAAAGUGUUGGAGGAACAGGAUAAGGAAAUACGCAAAAGGACUGGUUUGAAGGGUGCUGCCCCUGGCGGUGAUGACUGGGUGUAUUUGAAUACUUAUUGUCGUGUGCCGGAGAAAAUGAUAACUGGAUUUUGUCAAGGCACCCAGGAAUAUUGUCCUCCUAGUCCGCCAGGCCCUGAGGGACCACAGGGACCCAAGGGCCCCACAGGACCACCUGGUCUACCCGGUAUCCCUGGCAACAAGGGCAAUCGUGGUGAUGUUGGCUUGCCUGGUCAACCUGGUGCUGCGGGAGCUGUUGGUCCCGUGGGUCCAAGAGGGCCCAAAGGCGACAUAGGCAUACCUGGUCGUCCUGGCCUCGAUGGUCGUGAUGGCGUGCCUGGUGAACCUGGUUUGGAUGGUGUGCCAGGACGUGCAGGCGCCGAUGGCAUACCUGGCAAAAAUGGUGAUCCUGGUCGUGAUGGCAAAGAUGGCACAAAUGGCAAAGAUGGUCGUGAUGGUUUGUCUGGACCCAAAGGUUCACAAGGGCCUCCGGGUGAAAGAGGCCUUAAAGGCAUUGCUGGCCCCCGUGGACGACCUGGAAAACCAGGCACCAAUGGCACACCGGGCAUACCAGGAGUGAAUGCAUACAAGGUGCAACUGAAAAAUGGUACAUUUUUGAGUGAUUUAUUGAUACCGCCAUCAAUUGCAGAUGUACAUGUGCCGCGUUCCAUAGCCGUGGAAGAAGGAAAGACAUUAAACGUAAGCUGUGCCGCUAGCGGCAAUCCGAUGCCUCAUGUUGAAUGGCGACGAGAUGACGGUCGAACGAUUAAUGUGCAUGGAAUUGAGAUGUCAUCCAUAAGCGGACCAUAUCUGAAGUUUGCGAAUAUAACGCGCCACCAAAUGGCAGCCUAUACCUGCUAUGCUGACAACGGUUUAGCGCCUGUGGCCAAUGCAACAUUUUUAAUAGAAGUUCAAUUUCCUCCCAUGAUAUCGGUGUAUCGUCAAAUGAUUUAUGCCGAAUAUGGACGCACAGCUACUUUGGAAUGCAUUGUCGAGGCCUUUCCCGAAGCCAUACUCUAUUGGGAGCGUGCCUAUGAUGGCAGUAUCUUGGAUCGUGGCGACAAAUAUCGCAUUGAAACUAAUCCCGAUGGCUAUAGGACCACAAUGCGUCUGACGAUAACCUCAUUGCGUAAAGAUGAUUUUGGCUAUUACCAUUGUGUGGCAAGAAAUGCUCUCAACACGACUAUGGUUAAUUUUGAAAUUGCUGCUCAAGAUCCGAAUAGUGAAACGCCUUAUGUGGGCAAGGAGAUGAAGACAUAUGGCCAGAGACCACCAGAGCAGGAAUGUCCAGUUUGUGACCAGUGCCCCGAACAAAGUUUAUAUCAAUGUAAGGAUUCGAUUAAUUCCAAUUUCGAAAUUCAACCAGUUGGAAACUAUAGUUAUCCUGGCUUACCCAAACGCAAGAAGAGUUGUCUGCUGUAUGCCGUGGGCAAGCCAGUAUUCCACAAAAGUGUAAACGAAUCUCAUGGAUCAUGGCUCAAGGAUCCAGCAGCCGGUGAAAUCGAACGCGAGAAAACAUUUGUGACCAACGAAAAGGACAAUUUCAAACUCUUUGAGUACACAACGAAGAGGACGUAUCGUUUGCAAUCUGUGGCAUCCAGAUCACAUGACGUACCCUAUGGGUUCAUGGGAAGUGCAAAUGUCGUGUUCAAUGGCACAUUCUAUUAUCACAAGCUGAAUUCGAGCGAGGUGGCCAAAUUUACUCUGGGCACAAAAACUGAUUAUAGAUCACAAGCAUUGCCUGGCGCAGGAUACGAACCUGGCAAUAAAUUGUACUCGACGGGCUACAACUACAUGGAUUUUAAUGUGGAUGAGGUUGGUUUAUGGGUUAUUUACAGUGGCAAGGAUUCCAGCAAUACCCUUGUGGCCAAGUUGGAUGCUACAACUCUGGAAAUUAAAUACAAUUUCAACAUUACACUGGAUCAUCGCAAGUUUGGUGAAAUGUUCAUCGUUUGCGGCCACUUGUAUGCCAUUGACUCUUGUUCGGCCAAGAAUACGCAGAUACGCUAUGCCAUUAACCUCUACCAGAACAAACUGUUGAAUGUGAAUUUGCCAUUCACGAAUCCCUUUGGUAAUACCGAGACUGUUGGCUAUAAUCCUCAGACUGUGGAACUUUACUCAUGGGACAAAGGCAACUCUCUGACAUAUCCCAUACGAUACAAUGAAGAAAUAAUACGAAAUGAUCCUACAUAAAUUACUCUUGCUUAGUACCACUACCUCUAGAGAACAGCAACAGCAGCGCAACAACAACAACAACAAUUGUAGAAGUAACAACAACAAUGGACGCAAGUGAACAAUGGCCAUACAAGCCAAUGAAAGUUGAAGUUAAAAUAUUCAUAUAACGCCGUGUAAAUAAACUCUCAUAUUCAUGUUUAAGGGGAGUACUGAAAAUGCUUUAAGGAAUGCACAUCCUUAAGAACAAUUUUUGUAUCAACCAUAUGUUGGAGCAAUUAAUGAUGUGUAACUUCUUUUGAUUCAAUUUUGUUGUUUUAUGUUAUGUGAAUUAGAUUUUUGUAUGUUAACGUCAUUAUUUAUGAAACUUAAGGAAGCCUUAAAAAGGGUUUGCUUGACAUUUCUACAAAAGAAAAGUGUCAAAGAAACCUUUUUCAGAACUACAUUAAGUUUUGUGAAUAGCGGUGUAGAUGUGUAACCGAAAUAUUUUGUACGAUUAAAAUGCUCAAUGUUGUUUUUUGAAAUA